ACUGGACAAAUGCAAAAAAUAACAAGAAUUCGUUUAACAAUUAGAAAAAUAAAGUAAAAAAUAUCAAAAUGAGCGCAGAAAAUGCAUUUGAAAUGCAACGCCAGGUGCGUCGGAAUGCCAAGGAGUUACAAAGUUCGUUGAAAGAUCUAUACUCGUGGGAGAAGGACAUAAAGAACCAAGAGAUGGAACUGAAGAAGGCGCCCGCCGCUGCCGCCAAUAUUAAAAUGCCUGUGCGCAGUCAUGUGCAGAAAACAGGAGAAACUGAUCAGCAGAGCGGCAGUAGUUCGGCGUCCGAUACUCCUACGGAGAAGAAAGAUCCGCCCGGGGAUCCGGUGGCGCGCCAGCACAAGAAGGCCAACGACAUAAAAGACCGCGGCAAUAACUAUGUUAAGCAGGGAGAGUACGACAGAGCUAUCGAGGCUUAUACAGAAGCCGUGGAGGCCUAUCCAUACGAUCCUGUCUACUUUAUUAACAGAGCCCUGUGCUACCUCAAGCAGGAGCGCUUUGACAGCUGCGUGGACGAUUGUGAGGCUGCCAUUGGCCUGGACAAGGUCUGCGUGAAGGCCUACUACAGACGGAUGCAGGCGAAUGAGUCCCUGGGCAACAAUAUGGAAGCGCUCAAGGAUUGCACAACCGUGCUGGCCAUUGAUCCCAAAAACAUAGAGGCCAAACAAAGUUUGGUUCGCAUUAACGACCGCCUACGUAAAAAUGCCACCAAGAACGGUCCUAAUUUUUGCGCAGACCGCCCUGACCUAAUUGACAUAUUGCCGAUCGAGAAGCCAGUUUACAAACGCUCAAAGAAGUCGAUGCAACGAGUGACCAUUACAGAUAUUGUAUCGCCCAGACCCUCCACUGAUGAGGCACAACCAUUACGCAUCUCAGACGAUGAUAUUGACAAAAUCUUUAACAGUUACUGCGGUCCAUACACAGAGAUUAAAAAAGGGGACUUGAAGACAAGCCCAAAAACACCCCCAGCAAAGCCCAUAGUGGAAUCUCUUGAUUCUGAACCGCUAACAAAAUAUACUUCAGAUGAAGUUAAGCCAUCCGCUGCUCCUACUAAGACAGCCCAAGUUCAAAGCAAUGAUACCAAACAGACCGUUACAGAUGCGGUGAAGGAAGCUAAACAGUCUGCUAACAAUACAAAAAUAUCAAAAAAUCAAAACAAAGAACCAGUGACUGAAGUAAAGCCAUCCCAAAACACAAGCAAAGAUUCAAAAUUGUCUAAAAAUACUAAGAAAGAUUCACCGAUUGACGACUCUCCAAAUUCAUCAGAAACUUCAAGCAAAGCCCAAGAAAAUAAACCCAAGAUCGAAUCUGCCUCAAAGACGCCGGGUACCAGUACCCCUCCCCUUGAGCGAGCACUGCCGCCAGCCCCGUCGGGUACAGCCCAGUUUUACAUAACCUGGAAGGAGCUUUCUGCCACGCAGAAAUAUCAGUACCUAAAAUCCAUACAAAUACAAAAUCUGUGCAAAAUUCUGGGCGCCGGUUUCGAUUCGGAUACAUUCAAUGAUUUAUUGUGCACCGUUCAGGAUUACUAUGUGCCGGAUAAAGAGCCCACAACGGCGUCUGUCCUGCUGGAGAUUAGCAAAAAUGACGAGUUUCCCAUUUUGGCCAUGCUCAUGUCCAACGAGGAGAAGAAAAUGGUGUCGUCUAUACUAAAUAAGAUCAAGAAUUGGCCCAAAAAGAAUCCGCAAGUGUUGGAGAAGCUCUCACGUGCUUAUGGUGUGGAUUAAUUCGUUCCAAAAUAUGAGUUUCAGUGUACUUAUUUAUGUAUUAAUGCUCAAAUUAAAAUGCAUCGAAAGAAAGUACAAACACAAGUUUCAACAUGUUAAAAAAAAAAGCAACCCGCGAUUAAAGUACGUUGUUAUGCAAAUUA